AUGGACCUAAACAGGACGAUAGUCACUGAGAUCAUUCUGUUGGGGUUCUCCUGGGAUCUCACCAUUAGUAGGGUCCUCUUUGUUCUGUUCUUCGUCAUCUACUUCAUUACGGUCUUUGGAAAUGGUCUCCUCAUCUUGGUCGUCCUGACCAACUCUCACCUUCACACCCCCAUGUACUUUUUCCUGUGCAUGUUAUCUUUUCUGGAUUUAUGUAACUCAACAUGCGUCGUGCCCAGGUUCUUGAUAGAUCUCUUCUCUAUUCGUAGGACGAUAUCGGUCGGGGCUUGUGCCAUACAAUUCUACACAAUCCUUCUGAUGGGCGGCACCGAAUGUCUUCUUCUGACUGUCAUGGCCUAUGAUCGAUAUGUGGCCAUUUGUCGACCUCUCCACUACACGGUGAUAAUGAGGUGGAGCAUCUGCUAUCGGGUAAUGGCCAUUGUAUGGAUAUCGAGCUUCUUCAUAUUUGUAUUUCCAUCCCUUACCAUGCCCAUGCCCCUGUGUUACCCCAACCAAAUCAAUCACUUCAUGUGUGAAAUUCUGGCCAUCAGAAAACUGACGUGUACCCAUUUCUUCUUUAGCGAGAUCCUGGUUCUUGGUAUCUGCUUCACCUCUAUUCUCCUUCCAUUUGUCUUUAUUAUUGUUUCUUACGCUUGUAUUAUAUCGUCUGUAUUAAAGAUCCAGUCUGCAGGAAGGUCUAAGGCUUUCUCCACCUGCACCUCCCACAUCUCGGUGGUGGCCUUGUUCUUUGGGACUGGAAUGAUUAUGUACUUCGGGCCAUCGGCCGAUUACUCCACCAAUCAGGGGAAAUACAUCUCUGUGUUUUAUAAUGUUAUUUGCCCGAUGUUGAAUCCUCUUAUUUACAGUUUGAAUAACAAAGACGUCAAAGAACAACUUCAAAAAAUGGGAAAUGUUUGUACUUCUUCAAAUUAUCAUAAUUCAAAUUUACAGAAAAAUUAG